AGAGUCGCCCAAAAACCUCGGAUCGCAGAUGCCGAAACAAGACGACGUGGACGCGACCACGAGGUUCAUCGAGGUGCUCGCGACCAUGGGGUCCUUCCUGCUGGUGCUUGUCACGUUCCCGUUCUCGCUGUGCUUCACGUUCAAGGUCGUGCAGGAGUACGAGAGAGCCGUGGUCUUCAGGAUGGGCCGGUUGAAGGGCGACGCCAGUGGUCCAGGGACGUUCUUCGUGAUGCCAUGUGUCGACACAUGCGUGCGCGUGGAUCUGAGGACCGUAUCCUUCGACGUCCCUCCACAGGAAGUCCUUACCAAGGAUUCCGUAACCGUGACCGUCGACGCGGUCGUAUACUAUCGCAUCAAGGAACCCCUAAACGCUGUCGUCAAGAUCGCCAAUUACAGUCAUUCGACCCGACUGCUCGCCGCCAGCACGCUGAGAACCGUUCUCGGGACGAGAAACCUGGCCGAGAUUCUGUCCGAGCGCGAAAACAUCUCUCACACCAUGCAGAUAUCUCUGGACGAGGCCACGGAUCCUUGGGGUGUCAAGGUUGAACGCGUCGAGAUAAAGGACGUCCGACUUCCGGUGCAGUUGCAGCGGGCAAUGGCCACGGAGGCGGAAGCUGCAAGGGAAGCUAGAGCAAAAGUGAUUGCGGCGGAAGGAGAAAUGCUGGCGUCCCGGGCUCUAAAAGAGGCCAGCGACGUCAUUUCCACCAGUCCGGCUGCACUUCAGCUGCGUUACCUGCAAACGUUGAACAGCAUAUCAGCGGAGAAGAACUCCACCAUCAUCUUCCCGCUGCCAGUCGAAUUUCUCACGCCGUUUUUCACCAGCGGCGCGAAGGCAGAUCAGAAGAUCUUACGAAUACCGUCCGAAGAACAUCCACCGCACCUGGAAAUAAAACGAGCCAAUCGAUAAACGAUGGAGAACGCAACUGCUUCCGCACAGUUCAGAAACGGAUGAAGAAAGAAAGAGCUACCACUCGCUUUGGAAAAAAGACGAUAAAGAACCACGGCAAGGAUGGUCUAAGCUUUUGUGAGCAUCUUACGCGACGAGAUGACUCGUCUUUUUACAACUCUUACACGAAUUUAUGUAGACCUCGCUGUUUUUAAGAA